AAGACACAGCUUAAUAAUUGAAUUAAAUGAGCAACUUUCAGAAUAUUAAACGUUUCGCUCUUCGUAUUGAGAGGAGCCAUUCAUUUUGUCCGUUUCCGUGGUAUAAACUAUCCGUCUGUCUGGCUUAAUCAGACAAGGCAGACAAGUUGACUCGUGCGAGGCCGGUCGUCAGUGCCGAAAGACUGGGCAAUCUCUCUCCGGAGCUACGCAACGUGGCCAUUCGUUACUGGAGGGGGGCCCAGACGCGGCAGCUGUUUGCUCGCCGUGGAACGGAUCGGGGGGUCGCUCUGGCAUGUGUACCCCUUCAGUAAUGCCGCAUCGCUGGUGUUCGCAGCUCGCGCGAGCGACGCUGCGCGAGUUCGUGACAUGUCGUGACGAUUUUUGUGAGUGAAGGUCGCGGAUCGUGCGAAAAAGAAAGGCAACCGUCGAGAGAAACCGUUUCGAGGGAUAAGUGCCGCACGUCGGGGCCCGUGGGACGACUUCGCCACGCUGUGAAAAUCAGCCCCUCCAUGCCGGCAGAUUCCGGAGUAAAGCAGCAACGGCUGGAAAAAGUGCGCGCGCACAUGACGCCUUUCGAAGCUGUAGACCAGUCCGUCGGUAAAUCGCUAAAAAUCGAUCUCGGUCCUGUGCGCGACACUUCGUCACGUAUCGAACGUUUAACAGUUCGAUCGUGUGUCAGAUUGGAAAAAAAAAUUCGGCGGCUUCUUGUCUCUCCGGAGUAACGUGCCUGUGAUGACGAUGGAAAAAUGUCGAGCGACAUCGCAGAUCAAUAGUGAAAGAGUUUCCAAAUGAUGGAUCGAUAGCGGAGGAUACACAUAGUGAUCAAGAAUUUAGUGAUUAGUAGCAAUUUAAAAAAGUUUAAAAAGGCAUAUUGUGCAUCUAUAUUAUACACAUAAUAUUCAAAUUAUGAAUAUUUGUGCGGAAGCGACGUAUCGUCAGGACGAUUGGACGAAAGUCGCGAGGACUCUAAUGGGCAAACGGCAUCCGAGAGACAACGCCAUCCUCAUCACGAAAUGUGACUCUCGAUGUCACGCUUAAGAAUGGGUCCAGCCGCAUGGAAUUCGUUCUGUGAUAGUCAGCUACCCAGCCAAAGAAUUACUUUACGAGGAAUUUACGGGGAAUCGCAAAUGUCGAAGCUUUAGCCUACCAAAGAGAAGCAGUAACGUGCCUUAUUGCCGACAGCAAUAACACAUGUUAUCAAUAAUUUAUAAAACGAGCGAUAUGCGAAAAAUGAUCUCAUCGCAUUGAGAACAUUCAGGCGUAUCGAAACUCUCAAAAGGAUCGGAUAUCUCGAUAGGACAUUGGAACCGUAUAUCAAGCGAAUCCGUCGACCGUAUAUCGAACGAUCCCCAGAUGAAAUUUCGCAAAUCCGCCUCAUCUAGCCCGAAGAUGGAACUUCUCUCGAGGCGUUCCACGGGCGGCAGGAUGUCGACUUUGAAGAGGUCGAGAUCCUUCCGAGCGUCUGUGAAACUGAUGUCGAAGAUACGCAAUCAUGCGAACCUGCGAUUGACCGCCGGCUUCGAUCUCUCGUCCGUCUCGAAGGAUCUCACCGUCAAGAAAGGGUGUGAUCUCCCUGUUGUUGAGGAAUCUCAGGACGGUGAGAAGCCCACGAGUCCGCGAAAAAAUGUCAAGGAUAUGAAUUCUCGCGACAAAAUCGGCGGCGAGGCAUUUCCGAGUCCUCGAAAGACCUCGGUAUCGGAUCGCGAUGUCGGUCCGCGGGAAAUCACUAAGGAUCUGAAGAAUAAGCUGUCUCUGACUGACAGGUUAAUGGGCAAGGGUCGCAAGGACGUGGAGAGAGCCUCGACAAAGGACGAAGGGAUGAAAUCACCGAAAGUCAGUCACAUUUUUCGCAGGAGACACAGUACGGAGGGCUCGCAGGAAGACACUCGAGAUAAGAAAUGUAGCGAUAAACGUGCGUCCUGCGAGACGGACACGAGUCAACCGAGCAAACAUGUAUCCUAUGAGAACCCCACGUUCGUGCUGGACAGUUCCUUGGACUCGUCCGUGUCGAGCUUCCUCUUUGAAGUCGAAGAGGAGGAGGAGGAGGAGGAAGAACAACGGCAGAAACAAGACGCCGAAAAUGAGCGUGCUACGUCAUCCAAGCGUGAUGUCUUGACCAUAGUCGUGGAUCCCCACAAAGCCUCGGCUAAUCGUAAAACAAACUACGAGCGAGACAAGGACGUGGGUGAGGAAUAUCUCGAGAACGGAGAAUCACGAAACGCAUUUCGUCCCAGAUGUGAGACCGUUCCUUUGAGUCGUCCUUGCGAUACGAGAAACGAGCAUUCAAACAUGGUAAACAGAAAUCGAAGGACGACUGAGUCCUUCGGCGAAUUUGAUCGCUCGAGGAUUAAAUUUUAUUGCAAGAUACACGAGACGGAGAGAAAAAACGCAAUGAUCUGCCUGCAGAAUCAGAAAAUUCACGACAGCGUCAAGACAUGUUCUUCGAAGUCCUGUAAAAUCAGAACGGUCGACAAUAUCGCCAACUUUUGGACAAGCAGACGUGGCAAUAGCUUUCGAAAUAAAAUGACGACCGGUAGGAAAAGAGACGCGAAGGAGACGAAGGAUUACGAGCGGCUCGGUCAGGAGCGAGUUUUCAUGCCAUCGUCAGGAUCAAAGUUCCACUCGUUGCAAGGGAUGGAGUUCCUGGAGGGUUUCGGCAAGAAGAAACAACAGCCCCACCAACAACUAAAUAAUCUAUCGUCAAUACAUAUCAAUCCUCUCUCGGCCCAAUCCCUCAACAUACACCUGCAUGCCCUAUUUGCGGCUGUGGAACAUGGUCACUUGGAUAAAGCGAGGACUAUUUUGGAAUCUACCGAUGUCGACGUAAAUAGCGUUAACAGCGACGGCUUGUCACCGCUGGACGUUGCUGUGCUUAGCAACAACAGGCCGCUGGCAAAAAUGCUGGUUGCAUUCGGCGCGCAGGAAGGGAACCAAUUCAAGUCACCGGAAUCUCUGGGUAGCCACUUGGCGUCAUUGCUCUCGGAAGCGGAACACAGAGUUCAGGAGCUCGGGGGCAGUACUUCCGGCAGCGGUGGGUCAAUUUUGUUGGAACCGCCUAGCAGUCACAGGGCCAGUUUUUCCACGCAACAUAACAAUCUCACGGGAUGCGGCGGUAGCACGGAGGAUAAGCAACUUUCUCUGUGGGAAAGGAGAGCCAGGGCCCUCAGGAAAAUGCUGCUGGGUUUCGAUCAAGCGCGCCCACCCGACAUGCCUUUCUUAGUCGCGGUCGACGUCACCGGAACGACAUCGAUAACAGUCAGGUUUCAAGAACCGGACUCGCACGACUCUCCGAUCUGUACCAAGUUCAAGGUCCAAUGGAGCCUGCACGAGGACUUUUCGGUUAUAUGCGGCGAGAGGGAAGUCCUGGACAUGAAGCAGAGAGAGUGUCGGAUCGAGGAUCUGACUCAAGGGCAAAAAUAUCACUUUCGCGCCGCCGCCGGAAAUUUAAAGGGUUACAGCAGGUUCAUGAAUUCGACGCCCGCACACGUUACACCUAGCAGUUGGAGGGACAUAGACGGCAGGGUGCCCAGAUUCGCGGGGCGACUGGAAGAGCUGAACACUCUGUUCACCGAUAUCAGGCGACCGGAGUAUACGCAAGAAACGCCGGCGGUGCAGAGGCGAAAUCACAAAAAGAAAACAACGAUAAAACAGCUCUUCACGGCGACGAGUAAAUUCCAGAAGAAUCUCAGACGAGGAGUGUUUCUAGCGUGUCUACUGUACCACGAGGACAAAGUUCUCGUUACAAACGAGGACUUCUUGCCCGUGAUCGAAAUCGACGAGACGUAUCCCAGUUGCAUAUACAACGAUUUUCAUUGGCUCAUGAAAGUCGCGUGCACCUGGGACGAUGUUAAAUCCCUUCGGCAAGAUAUGGAGAAGAGUCACAGCAGCUCGACUAAUCACUUUAGGAUAAAGUUGCUUCAAGCUGCUGCUCAAAUGCAGGCUGCCCUGGGCAUACAGGACCUUGGACAAUUGUAUCAUAAACCUAUCAGAGACAUUCAAGGCACCUUAGUGUUCUCGACAGUAAAUUAUAUAAAGUCGCCGAAAUUGGUUUCUGUAUUAAACAGCAGGUGGCUGCCGCUCAGUAAAGUUAUAAAGAAGGUCAUAACGCACGAGGAUAGUAACGUCGGCGAUAUCUUGAUGACCAGCAUACAAGAGCAAAUGACAUAUCACCAAGUCAGUGGUAUCAAACUACCUAAUGGUUUAUAUCUCGCUUACCUAAAAAUGCAAAGCAGCGUGGACCUCAUACAACUCGUUGUCCCGACGAAAUCUCCAAACGUAUUGCCGCAUUGCAAGAUUCGUGACAAUUCGCACGUGUCCGCGGAGGAGUGGGACUAUCUCAAGCGAGUGCCGCGCAUCUGCACGUCCGAGACUUCCGUGAAGGAAUCCGAGGAGAAGGAGAACGUGACGAACGAGGCGCAAGGCACGGAACAACAAAAGCUGUUUGUCGAUCAGAUCGCCGCGACAGCGCGACGACUGUUCAAUUACAUGGAGAUCAGUCCGGAGGAUUCGCUGGUGCAUCGAUUAUACGACGCCGAGGUGAUCGAGCUGACUCACGACGUGUCGUUCCUGAUCGUCGUGCCACCCGCCGAAACCGCCUGCUGCGUACCUGGCACGCGAGAGAUUCUGCUACAACGUGGCGAUCUUUUGUCGUUGCCUAUUCCUGUCUUCGAGAUGGUCUACCUGAAUACGUAUCAGAAGGAUGUAAUCAAUCGUUACUCCAGACUCAGCUGCAUCUUGGAACUGGACACCGCGCAGGCCCAGCAUAAUCACCGAGAGGCCUUUAGUUCCUUGGAGUUGAGCGUCGCGAAGGACAAACUGGCGAGAUUGCAGGAUCUACAGUUGCAAGUAAACAGCGUGUGGAAAAGCGCCAGGUGGCUGAUCGACGUUAUAACUUUCGCGAGAGAUCGCGGCUCCUCACAACAAAACAUCGCGUCGCAAACCAUUGGGAUAUCUAUGAAGCACCUGUUCAGUCUCGACAGAAAUAAAAACAGCAACAGUAACAGCUUGAAACGAAGUUUGUUACAAUUACCACCUAGAGAUCCUAAGCUCGUGAAAUCGAGUCCCGGCCGUGGCAGCUGGCCGGGUCCCAAUCUGUCGAAAUCGUCCUCCAAUCUUCUCACGACAGAAUUCAGCAAGAGCGAGCAACAGCUGCCCAGCGGGCAACACGUGCGCAAAGGUAGCAACACCUCGACAACCUCGGAGCCGCAGAAAUCGUCGUGCGCACCGAUAAGCAGCAACAGCAAUCUGAGCACUCUGACGACUACCAGCAGCGUGAAUCAUCUGAUACCGCUGCAGAACGUGAGACUGCCGCCCUCCAAGUCCGAGGACACCCUGAUCCUCGCCAAGUACAAACACAGCCCGCGAAAUCGUUCCGCUACGAUAACGUCGGCGUCGGCCACCACCAGUCCGUUACUGAGUAUAAAGCCCAUGAUUUAUACCGGCUCGUUACUGAGCGUCUCCACGGCGAUGACGAACACCACGAGUCUGCUUAGUGUGAGCAACACGAAUUCCGACAGUCUACACUCGCUGAGCAGUGACGAGUACUCCGCGACGAAUUCGAGCGUGUGCUUGAAACCCGGCCAGCCGGGGAUCAAGGUCAAAACGUCCAAGCCGACCGCGAGUGUCGCGGCGAUGGCCGCCGUUCCGACGGAUAAUCUAGACGAGGAGAAGGAAGAAACGACUAUGAUGCCACCUCUGCCAGGCAUUCUUCAGGUUUACGCGGCCUACGAGACCGGUUUGGCAGCUGGUACCAGCUUGAAGCUACACGUAACACCAAGGACUACGGCGCGGGAAGUCGUGGAUCUGGUCGUUAAACAACUGAACAUGGCAGUGGUUCUAAAAGGGCUAAAGGGGCCCACCUACACGGCCGACGAGCUACCAAACUUUUGUCUAGUUGCCGUAAUCGGUGCGCGAGAGCGUUGCUUAAGGGACGAUUUUAAACCGCUUCACCUGCAGAAUCCGUGGAAGAAGGGACGGCUGUACGUUAGGCAAAAGCAGGAUGUUCUUGCUGCUCUUGAGCACAGCAGUAAACACACCGCAUACUUAUAACAGAAGUAAAGCCGCGGUAAUUUUUAAGCGAAUAAUAAUCUACCGAAUAAUGUAAAUUGAAUUUCAGUACGUCCUAUACGUGUAAACGUAACGUUCCCUGAUAACGACAUUUCGCAUAAAGCAUCCUAGUCGUACAUCUUCAAUAAACGGCACUACCAACAAACAAAAUGUUUUAAUGAACAGCGACUACCUAAAGAAAAAUUCAUACAACGCCUCACGAACCGAGAGCUACUUCCCUUGUGAAUUACUCUUCCAAUUUUAUUCUUCGAUAUUCUUGAACGAAUGUGACUUCGUGAGAUCUGGUCACUACGUGUGAAAAACAAGUUGUAUAUUCAAAAUUAUUUUACUGGGGAAAAAGAAUGCUUGGCCUCUUAUAUAAAUGACAUGUUAGUCUUAAAAAAUUCAAUAAUUAUUUUAAACAUUGCUUAUUAAAGUGUCUAUCUUCUACUCUUUACUUUUUAUAAACGAAAUGAUAUUGUUUUCGUGAGAGAAAUUUAGAUUUUUUUUGUCGACGCAAUUAUAUUCUGGUCUAAUUUUAUUGUUAUACGUAGAUUUACGCGCUUUAGGAUGUUCAAUAGCCGCUGAGAGAAACACGAAAGAAAAAUAUUAAAUAAUUAAAAUAUAUUGAUGCUUCUCCAUAUGGACAAUUAAUCACUGAUUAUGAAACGUCGCGACGUAACCUCGAGGGAUCGUUACGUAAGUGUGAUAAGUACCAGUGAAAAAAGAAGUCUGUUUUAUUUUAUUAGGCUUGCACAUUCCGACUCGGGAAUUCAAGCAUCGAUCUGUAAUAUUCUUCGAAUGUUAGUUAGUUUGUAAAUGAAUAAUACUUGAAAUAUACUGUUAUAUUUUAUGUACCGAUCUCAAUGUUUUAUUCGAUAUGCGUAUUAUCAAGAGCCAAGUAUAAGCUGUUUUUGAGAGAUCUCAUUAUUCCUUUGCAAUUCGUUGUGUCCAAGCAUACUUCAUCAUUGCGAAAUCAGUGAAGGCUUUUAGCGCAUAAGACAAAUGUAACAGAAGAAUACUUGGAUACUUCGAGUCAGUAAGGAUAUCUUUUUGAAGUCAGUAAAAGUUUUAUAUUUAUACUAUUAAAAUUAUAAAAUAUCUGUAAAGGAAUAUUUUACGUUCUAAUGUAUGACAAAGUUAUCGAUGAUGAUUACACAUGACACACUUUCUGCUUGACUAGAUCCAUGUUACCAGGCUCAGAAAUAGGAAAUAAAAUGAUUUCACGUGCGAUUUUUCGAUGCGUGUCGAUCCGACGCAGUGUACUUUUUUUAAAUAUUCAAAAUAGAAUAAUAAAUAAAGAAUGAAAAGUUCCUAAAGUCUGGUAGCAUCAUCUAAAAAUGGCUUAGAGUAAUAAGUAUAUUUUUUAGGAAAGGCCCGACAAAUUUUGUUAAUAAAAACGAUGUAAGAGAGAAAUUCUAUAGAACGAAAGGAGAAAAGAAUAAAAAGGUUAAUCUAAGAUUUUAAUUGAAAAAUAUUUUAAAUCUAAAGCGGCGAGUAACGUCUAAACCAGUUUUAUGGUUAGUUAUUAGUAUAGUUAGGACGAAGAGGCUUAUAGACUAUUGUACAUAACAGAACAAAGAGUAUUAUUAAUCUACUAUUACUUCAAAAAUAACAAAUAAGUUGUAGUUUCUUUGUUUUGAUUUUUAAUUUCUGUUUUACUGUGACGCAUAUAGAGAUACGUUAUUUGUUUUAUUACAAAAUGUUUACACGCGUUUUGUAUAUCCAAAUAUACAUUUAUUUUAUCUCGUUUUAAAAUCGUAUGGUAAAGAGAAAUUUGGCAUAAGCCUCGGAUCAGAUUUACCUUGAAAAAUUUAUUAAAAAAAAGUCUAAUCAAAAAGAAUUAACUUUCACGUUAUUGUAAACAGCGCAUUUAGCAAAAUUUUUAAAGAAUGUAGUUGAUACGUCGCGUAUAGGUAAAUUGUACCCGAUUGCAUCCGAUUAGAAGAGGACGACGGUACGGCAGUCGACGUAUUAACCGAUUGGAUAAGUAUCAUAAUGUAGAGUGGUUUGCUGAAUAUUACCCCAGCCGCACAAUAUUACUGCACAAUAUUAUCACGCGACGAACUUCCCAAACGAUCGCGUUGCACAUUUCGUAUUCAAUCUUAUCAACAAGAUUAACUAGCGCAGCAUAUAACACUUAUAUGUAGCCAUUCGACUAACAGCGAAGAGAAUAAUGUGUUAAAAAAAAAAAGGAAUCUCUUUUCGGCUAUCCGGAUAGUAAGAAGGUAGCACGAGUGACAAAGUGAAGCGAAGAUAAAGAAACGCAUGUGCGUAACGUAUGUCUGUGUGCGUGUUGUCGGUUGUAAAUCCAUAUUUCUCUUACUUUGCCCGCCGAAAGCCUGCGUAAUAUCGAUCUGUCAAGCGAAGAGCCCUAAUCUCGAAUGCCCGUGCAGGUAUUUAUCGUGAAAUCCGUCCUUCACGUCGCAGAUCCGAUUUGGCUGUAUAUUCGAAGACCCUCCCUCGAAUAUUGACGCUUAUUGAGCAGUAGUAUCGUGCACCAAGGGGCCACCUGCGUUUAGCGAGGAUGGUGCACAUAUUUUUUUAUCGACAAAGUAGCAAAAGAUCGAAUAAAUUGUUAAGCGGGCAGAGCGAGUCUCGCUGGCUGCAUACGUAAGUUCGUGCACCGCGAAAUCCGCCGAUGUCGCAGAAAGAAAAACCGACACGGGAAUUACAAUUCGCAGUAAGCUUCGUAACCACCAAGCUGAUUGGUACUUUAACAAAAAUGCUAGCGGUGUAUUGAUUUAAUUGUGCAGUCCGUACCCUCUGCCUCGUCUUCGUUAUCUUUGCCUAUAGACGCACGAUCGUUGAGAGCCAACGGGCACCCGCGCUCAUUUCCGUUUGAUCGAGAAGACGAUAGAAAUUUUAUUAGUACUACAUGAGUGUCUAUCGAUGUUGAAUGUAAAAAUAACCCUUAGCAUAUAAAUAUUACGACGAUGGAAGAGCAAGAGGCACGCCGAGCCAACGAAGGUGGCUGAAAUAUUUGUAAAUAUUUCGAGGAGAAGGAGCGACCGCACGCACAAGGAAACUAGAGGGAGAGAUUACUUCGAACGUGAGAGAGAACGCGGAGGAAAAAAAAUUCUCGUUUCUACGAUCCACUCAUCACGAUGUAAUUAUAGUUGUGCCUACGCGACGGCGAUGUGAGUUAAUUAGUCGAUAUCCGAACGACGACUUCUCGCGCCCCGAACCCUUUUGCUUCCCCCCCCCCCCCCCUCCCAUUCCCGUCCCUCCCCCGUGUCCAGAAACAGAGAUCACUCGGACGCGUAUGCUUCGUAAAAAGAGCGAUGUAACGCGCGCGCGAGUAAAUUAUGUACAGUAGCGAAUUGGUGUUUGUAUAGAAGAGAUGGCUUCGUUUCUGUUGCGACUGAGUUCUUCCCCCGUUUUUUCAGCAGGGGACAAUGUACUACGACGGAAACGCACGAAAUAAAGUAUAAUAUUGUA